GGAGCCGCAGCCCCGCCCGCCACCGCCGUCGCCAUGUUGUGGCUCCCGCAGCCGGCGCUGGGGACGCGCGCGGCCGAGCCCGGGGCCUGCCGCUGCCGCCGCCGUCGCCAGGUGGUGAUUGGACUCUAGACCAUGUGCCUAGGUAGUUUUUCCUUUCUCCACAGCUCUACUCCCCCAGCAGCGCUCACCACACCCUUGUUUUGAGAACUUCACUAAGCUCUUGUCAGCAUCCAGCCAUGGGGGAUAUGAAAACCCCUGAUUUUGAUGACCUUCUGGCUGCCUUUGACAUCCCAGAUCCCACAAGUCUUGAUGCUAAGGAGGCCAUUCAGACACCCAGUGAAGAGAAUGAGAGUCCCUUGAAGUCUUCAGGCAUGUGUAUGGAUGAGAGUGUGUCCUUGUCUCACUCAGGGUCAGCCCCAGAUGUGCCGGCCGUGAGUGUCAUUGUCAAGAACACCAGCCGCCAAGAGUCAUUCGAAGCAGAGAAAGACCACAUUGCUCCUAGUCUCCUACACAAUGGAUUUCGGGGUUCAGACCUGCCUCCAGACUCCCACCAUUGUGGGAAGUUUGACUCUACUUUCAUAAAUGGAGACAGUGCUAGGAGUUUUACAAGCAAGUUAGAGCCUUCCAAGUCGGAGCCAUUACCCACCUUCAAUCAGUUCAGCCCAAUCUCUAGCCCAGAACCUGAGGAUCCUGUCAAAGAUAAUGGGUUUGGGAUAAAGCCGAAGCACUCUGAUAGUUAUUUCCCACCUCCUCCUGGGUGUGGGGCUGUGGGGGGCCCAGUCUUGGAAGCUCUGGGUAAGUUCCCGGUCCCAGAGCUACAUAUGUUUGAUCACUUUUGUAAGAAAGAACCCAAACCAGAACCCUUGCCUUUAGAGAGCCAGCAGGAGCAUGAGCGGGGUGGGCCGAAGGUACUGGAGCCUCCCAAAGAUCUGGAUUCCAGUAGGUUCUUUGGGGAAGCUUUAGAAUUCAAUAGUCACUCUAACAACAGUAUUGGAGAACCCAAGAAGCUUGCUCCAGAGCUUAGUACUUGCUCCUCUGUCCCCCCUCGGCAGCGUUUGAAGCCAGCCCAUUCCAAACUCUCCUCUUGUGUUGCAGCCUUGGUGGCCCUACAGGCCAAAAGGGUGGCCAGUGUCACCAAGGAGGAUCAGCCUGGCCACACAAAGGAUUCCUCAGGGCCCACUAAAGAGGGUUCUAAAAGUAGCCCCAAAAUGCCCAAGUCACCAAAGAGUCCCCGGAGCCCUCUGGAGGCCACUAGAAAAAGUAUCAAGCCAUCAGACAGCCCUCGGAGCAUCUGCAGUGACAGUAGUAGCAAAGGGUCCCCCUCUGUGGCUGCCAGCUCCCCCCCAGCAAUUCCCAAAGUUAGAAUCAAGACAAUUAAGACAUCAUCAGGGGAAAUCAAACGGACUGUUACAAGGAUCCUGCCAGACCCUGAUGAUCCAAGUAAGUCCCCUGUUGAGUCACCGCUAGGGAGCACCAUUGCUGAGGCCCCAAGUGAGGUGCCAGGGGAUGAGGGCGCAGCCCUGCCUGUGGAAGAGCACUUUUCUGAGGCAGGCAUAAAUUCAGGAAGCCCCCAGGGGGACAGAAAAGGGGAUGAGAGCAUGGUAAAGGCCAGUGACUCGUCAUCUCCCUGCCGCAUCUCUGGGCCCCGGGCCCCAAAAGGAGCUGCCCUGAACUCACAGGCGAGCAAGAAGCAACAGAGUACAGCACUUCAGGCAUCAACCCUGGCCCCUGCCAGUCUGCUGCCCAAAGCUGUGCACUUGGCCAACUUGAACCUGGUCCCCCACAGUGUUGCCGCAUCUGUGACUGCCAAGUCCUCAGCACAGAGACGGAGCCAGCCUCAGGUCACGCAAAUGACAGUACCCCUGGUCCACCAGGUGAAAAAGGCCUCCCCUCUAAUUGUGGAGGUCUUCAACAAGGUCCUCCACAGCUCUAACCCUGUGCCCCUCUAUGCGCCAAAUCUCAGCCCACCUGUAGACAGCAGAAUCCAUGUGCCGGCCAGUGGGUACUGCUGCCUGGAGUGUGGAGACGCAUUUGCCUUAGAGAAGAGCCUGAGCCAGCACUACAGCCGGCGGAGUGUCCACAUCGAGGUGCUGUGCACUCUGUGCUCCAAGACGCUGCUCUUCUUCAACAAGUGUAGCCUGCUGCGGCAUGCCCGUGACCACAAGAGCAAGGGACUAGUCAUGCAGUGCUCUCAGCUGCUUGUGAAACCUAUCUCUGCGGACCAGAUGUUUGUAACGGCUCCUGUGAACUCCACGGCACCAGCAACCCCAGCUGCUUCUUCCUCCCCCAAACCCAGCUCCACUUCAGGCAAUGCCAGCCCUGUAAUUCCAGCCUUGCCACUUUACCCAGACCCAGUAAGGCUCAUCCGGUAUGGAACCAAAUGUCCUGAAUGUCACAAACAGAUGCGAGACUAUAUGGUCCUGGCUGCCCAUUUCCAGAGGACAUCAGAGGAAACUGAGGGGCUGACUUGCCAGGUAUGCCAGAUGCUGCUGCCAAACCAAUGUAGUUUCUGUGCGCACCAACGGAUUCAUGCACACAAGUCUCCCUACUGCUGCCCGGAGUGUGGUGUCCUCUGUCGCUCUGCCUACUUCCAGACACAUGUAAAGGAGAAUUGCCUGCACUAUGCUCGAAAAGUGGGCUACAGGUGCAUUCACUGUGGUGUCAUCCACCUGACUUUGGCCUUGCUGAAAAGCCACAUCCAGGAGCGACACUGCCAGGUUUUCCACAAAUGUGCAUUCUGCCCCAUGGCCUUCAAGACUGCCAGUAGUACGAUGGACCACAGUACCACCCAGCACCCCACCCAGCCCCACAAACCCUCCCAGCUAAUUUAUAAGUGCUCCUGUGAGAUGGUCUUCAAUAAGAAGAGGCACAUUCAACAGCAUUUUUACCAGAAUGUCAGCAAGACACAGGCGGGUGUCUUCAAGUGCCCCGAGUGCCCACUCCUAUUUCUGCAGAAGCCAGAAUUAAUGCAACAUGUCAAGAAUACCCACGGUGUUCCCCGGAACGUGGAUGAGCUGUCCAGCCUGCAGUCUUCAGCAGACACAUCCUCUAGCCGCCCUGGCUCUCGAGCUCCCACUGAGCCCCCAGUCACAAGUGUUGCUGCUAGAGGCAGCUCCCUGACUGCUGGUCGCUGGGGCCGGCCAGAAGCCCACCGCAGGGCUGAAGCCAGGCCCCGGAUGAGGAGCACUGGUUGGACCUGCCAGGAGUGCCAGGAAUGGGUUCCUGAUCGAGAGAGCUAUGUGUCCCACAUGAAAAAGAGCCACGGUCGGACUCUGAGGCGGUACCCCUGCCGGCAGUGUGAACAGUCCUUCCACACCCCUAGCAGCCUGCGCAAACACAUACGCAACAACCAUGACACAGUAAAGAAGGUCUACACUUGUGGGUACUGCACCGAGGAUAGCCCCAGCUUUCCUCGGCCCUCCCUCCUGGAGAGCCACAUCAGCCUUAUGCAUGGUAUCAGAAACCCUGAUUUGAGCCAGACGUCCAAAAUCCGACAUCCAGGUGGACAUUCCCCUCAGGUGAACCAUCUGAAAAGACCGGUCAGCAGAGUGGCAGAUGCUCCAGGCACUAGCAAUGGCACGACUGUUCCCUCUACCAAAAGGCACAAGUCCCUGUUUCAGUGUGCAAAAUGCAGCUUCGCCACAGACUCAGAGCCUGAGUUCCAGAGCCACAUACCUCAGCAUCAGGUGGACAGCUCCACAGCCCAGUGUCUCCUCUGUGGCUUGUGCUACACGUCGGCCAGUUCCCUCAACCGCCACCUGUUCAUAGUCCACAAAGUGAGAGACCAGGAGGAGGAGGAGGAGGAGGAGGAGGAGGAGGAGGAGGAGGAGGAGGAGGAGGAGGAGGAGGAGGAGGAGGCGAAGGUUGUGGGAGUGAAGGUGGAAGCCACGGAGCCAGAGGCUUGCUCUGCAGAGGAGGUGGCCAUGGAAACGAGAGAGAACGGACUGGAAGAAUGUGCCCGUGAGCCUUUGGUGGCUGAUCUAGAGCCAAGGAGAUCACUAGGCCUGUCCCUGGAGGAAGACAGUACCCAGGGCCCCCAGAAUCCACCACAGGCCUCUCAGGACCAGAACAGCCAUGCAGUGUCUCCUCAGGUGUGACCAGAGGCUUUGUAGCCAUCAGUCAGGCCAUGGCAUCCUCCACCUGCUAUGCAGGCUGUGAAAUAAAAAGCUCUGCCCGUGUGUGUGACCACUGUGCUCCGGAGCAGUGUCUAUCCUGAGCUGCAGACUCUGGAUGUCUCCCAGUCCCAGGCAUUGUGGGUCACCCAGAAUCCCUCACAGCUCUGAAUUUACUUCUGUUAUUUAUGGCUUUUGCUGCUUCUUGGUACCCCAUUCUCAUCCGUGUCCUUCCAGCCCCAGGCUUCUUAGGUAGUGGUGUAGCCCUAAUGCUGUCACUCAGGUUGCAGCCCCUCAGUGGCUACAUUCUAGGCUCCCUACCCGCUGUGUUCAGUGGGAACUCCUCAGAGCUCUAGUUCCCUGCAGAUACCAGCUCUUCUUCAUGCCUUCAAAGCCCAAGAGAGGAGGAUGAUGGAAGCUGGCUGUUCCACUGGAACUCUGCCCAGCCUGGCUUGGUGAGGUCCCUUGCUCACCCUUUCCUUCCUGUCUUCUCUCAUUCUUUUCCCCAGAAACAUCCUGAGGACUUCACGUGUCACACUGGCUGAUUAUGUCUCUCUGGGUGGGAGAAAUGUCAGUACACUCCUGUUUGGAACUGAGGAAAGCAUGAAGUAUGGCCAAGGCCGGCAGGUGCCGAGAGCCAGCCCCUCUUUGGGGGCUGUGGGUGGGUCCUGCUGCUGCUGUCCUGCAGUCCCUGACAGUGGGGCAUGGGUUACACAUUUGUAUUCUUGCUCCUGUGCCAUUAGAGAGGCUGCUGCCUCAGGCAGGUCAGCCCCUCCUACUCUCAGCUACAUUCUUGUUGCUCAGACUAUAUUUCAAUAAAAAAGAAAAUCUUCUUACCAUGCAGGUAGGCUCUUGUAUUCAUCCUCAGGUGAGAGGCUCUUACCAGGGUGCCCUGACUGUCGGCCCCAUCUGAGGGGAAACAGGGCUCUGCUGCUCAUGGAGCUCUAGGUUCUGGAGCUUGUGCUUGGGAAACCAGGAGGCCUGAACAUCUCGGUUCUCUUGAGACUUCUAAAGAGGAGAGGGAGGGUGUCAGUCCUGGUCAAGGGCCACCUCCAAGGACUCUGGCCCAUUGAUAUUCUCCAGGCAUCUUUCCACUCAAGGGCUUUCAGUCCAGAACCCUGUGCCAUUGCAAACCCAGACGUGGGACAGUUAGGGUAAGAGGACAGGUGAGGCUGCCCAAGCACAAGGGACAGUUGUGGGAAGGUGCUCUCCAACCCAAAUGGGCUGGGACUAGGAGCAGCAGAGUCCCGUGCCGCACAGGGAAGGGGUGCUGGCUGAGUUCUUAGAUUUGAUCUUUCAAGGGAGGCAUGGGUAUCUAUCAGGAAUCAAGUUGGAUAAGUAUGCAUGGCCUUUUCACAGUUGUGAAAACAUUUUUUUCUUGCUCUUUCAAAUGCCAAAUUUGUAGUGAAAGGCUAAUGGCUGUGGGGGAGUUCGCUUGCCUCAGAUCCAGAGAGGCUCCGCUGUCUAUACCAUUUGAAUGAAUGAACAUUCUUCCUGGGACGCCCCUACCUCCCUGCUUCCCCGGCUGGCAGUGAGGGGAAGCCAGCCCUGUUGCGCAAGUCCCAAGCCAACCACUGUCCCUUUCCCAGUUUUUCUUCAGACCUAUCAAUCUUUCAUCUUACGCUAAUCCCCAUUGCAGGGAGUGUCAUUCAAGAGAACGGGUUCUUAAGGAGGUGAAUAGAGGACUUUGAGCUGUGUAGCUACAUUUCUUCCCACUCAGAAACCAUGGGACAGAAGAUGGAGAAACGAAGGGUGGAGCACCUGUCUUCAUGCCAGAUCCAGCCUCUUGGAGUGGGAGCGUAGAAACUGCUCUGGAAAGCCUGAGCCAUGGCCUGAGUUCUUCCUGCCCUUAACCAGCUCCUAACAGCUCUCACAGGCUCCUCCCCCUCAGAGUAGAACUAGGAACCCCUAUCCGGCUCCUUCUGGGCUUUCAUGAGGUCAUGAGUGUGCAAGCACUUUUAGUUUCCAUAAUACCAUGUGGAUAUGGGGAUUCUGUGCUUCUGGACCAGGAGACGAGUGUAUGUCAUCUGCUGCUCACCUUUGGAUGCGGGGUAUCAGUUAAGAAUUGGCCUGCAUGCCUAUCCAUUAUUCAGUGAUGAUGAAGAUAACAUUUCCAGCCCUGCUCAUGGCCAGCAUCUUGUUAACUCUUAACCGAGAUGUUCAUUUAAUCCUCACAAGGAUCUCAGUUAUCUUUCUAUUUUACAGAGACAAAACAGCCUUAGAGAGGUUGAAUGACAGAUUGUUGGGCCACCUGUGAUGAUGGUGCUGAGUCAAGCCUGUCAACCACUGUGCUACCUUAGUGACAGGGCUGCUCUGCCUGCUGCCACCCUGUCAGCAGCACGGAGCCAUCCAAAGCCCACCCUUCUACUUCCCAAAAGGCAGGGUGCCCCAUAGUAUCAGAUCCUUCAUGGAGUCCACCAGUGCCUUGUCACCCCAAGGAGGGCCCCACAUUUGCACAUGUGGUGUCCCUGCCUCGUUUUUCUCACUGGGGUUUACUUCGCUAUCUGAAGACCCUUCUCUGGAGCAUUGUAGAAGAGGGAACACACAGUCCCUUCGGAGUCAGUAUCUCCUGAUUGCUUGUGAUGUCUUUUCAAUGCAUUAUGGUUUGUCAUCGGAGGAUGCUUGCUGUAACAGGUGUUUCACUGCCACAGUGGAUACACUCCUCGUCAAGUUAGAUCAGGUUCUCUGCUCUCUAGAAACUACCAUCUCAACACACUGAGGCUUGACAAAUGACUAGUAUUUAUACCUUAACUGCUCUGUCUUUGUAAAAUGAUACGCCGGAUUACCACGGACUAAUUGUUGUAAAGAAUUUGCCUCUUAUGUAAUCAGUCUGGGUUUUAAUAACUUAAUGGUUGUGUUGUGUCCCCCCUCCCCCCCCAAUUCCACAUUUUGCCUUGCCCCAGAUGGAGGAACUUCUGUCCUGUUUGCCAUUGUACAUUCAGCACCAGGUAAUUAAAAGAGAUAGAUACAUAUACAUUUGACAACAAACAAAGCAUUCGGCAAUACCAAUGAAUAUACAAUAAAAAGUAAACUUCCUGAUGGAGGCGAGCCUUUGGUGCCCUCACCAGAGUUCCUCAUUGUUAUCUCUAUCUUGUGUAUCCUUUCAGAGCAAUUCUAUGCAUUUAUGAGUUAUAAAUAUGUAUAUUUAUAUAUCUAUUUUUAAUACAAACAGUAGCAUUCUAUA